GCAUGCGCAUUGGGACAGUAAGCGCUGGGAAUGUGGCGCCUGCGCAGAGUGCACGUUGUCAGGCCGGAAGUUAAUUUCGUUUAACCGGAAAGCGGCGGCGAAUCGCUGAGAGGGAGCCGGAGCUGGUCAUGGCCGAGGAGAUCCGACACCCGGGCACAGUGACGUUUAACGAUGUGGCGGUCUACUUCUCUCUGCGGGACUGGGAGCUGCUGGCGGACUGGCAGAAGAAGCUGUACCGCAACGUCAUGAAGGAGAUACAUGGAGCCCUCACUGCCCUGGGAUAUGAGAUUGCUAAUCCUGGUAUUCUGGUGCGGAUCCAGCAGUCGGAGGAACCGUACUAUGGGUCACAUGACGUUUCAGAGGACACUUGGAGGCCACAGUCACAGAAACUAGAAGAAAACAUGGCUGACUGUGCCCAGCCUGUGCCCGCGCUGCCGGCCGUCAAACCUGACAUCUUACUACAGGUGAAACUGGAGAAUGUGAAGAAUGAGCAGAGCUGCCAGAAAUCGGCACCGCAGCUGGCGGGAGGGCAGGAGGAGGAAUCCAACAGCGCAGUGUUUAACCCAGAGCUGGCAUUGUGGAUCAAGCAAGAAGAAGGAGCAGCGUCCGGAGAACCCAGCUCUUCACUGAAGGAGGACAUAGCGCUGCCAGUGGUGGAAGAUGUUGUCACCCUCGGGCAUCACCCUUCGGGUCCGGUAAAGAGCAUAGAAAUGGGGCAGCCUCUGCCUGAGACACUGGUGGGAAACCUCUUGCGGUAUUUUGAGGAGGAGAGGGAGAAGCAUGCCCAGUUUGGGGGGUCGUUACCUGACGUUGCAGUGCAGCCUCAGCCCACGGUGGCCCAUGAGGAGGGAUCUCAGCUUUUUACUAUUGACUGGGGUCUCCCGGAGGCGACUGACAGGUUCCCAGAGGGUCUGACCCCCAGCUUGAAUGUGACCAAACAUUACAAAUGUACUUACUGUGAGAAGAGCUUCCUGCGCGGCACCCAGCUGAGGGAGCAUGAGCGGACUCAUACGGGAGAGCGGCCCUACCAGUGCCUCAAGUGCCCCAAAAGCUUCAGCCGCAGCACUCAGCUGAAGGACCACCAGCGCACCCACACCGGUGAGAGGCCCUUCCAGUGUACAGAGUGCGGAAAGACCUUCACCCACAGCUCCAACCUCAUCCACCACCGACGGACGCACACUGGCGAGAAACCACACAAGUGCAACAUGUGCCCUAAGAGCUUCAGCCAGAACUCCGACCUCAACCGACACCAGCGCACCCACAUGGCUGGGGACCGUCCCCACCAAUGCACUCGCUGCCACCGGACGUUCAUAUACAAGUCUCAGCUGAGAAUGCACAGCCGCGUCCAUGUGGUGGAGGACAUCCUGCAGGGAGUGGAGAGAGGGACUGGGGCGGACGAGAUGACAUAGAGCAGCCCACCACCCUGACCCCCCCCAAGCUAUCCAUCACUGCAGUUAUUGCUUUUGAAUGUUCAAGCGCCCCCCUCACCACCACUCUGUCCCUGUCAUGGAAAUGCCACCUGUUGCUUAAGAAUGGUCACGUGGCCUCACUAUUCUAUACUCUCAAGCGGCUGCUCCACGUGUCCAGGGCCCGGUUGUGUUGCGAUUUCUGGGUACAGCUUGGACCUCCACUUCUUUAAACAAGGGGGCUAAUGGGUACGGAUGUGCAGUGCUAGAGGGGAUCUGUGGUCCGUAUUCUUGUUAUAGAUGGUAGUUAAUCAGCAGCACCCUCUGCAGGAGAGGUAUAGAGAUGACAUUACCCAAUUACGUCAUGGGAACUAAGCGACCGCUCUCCUGGAAGUAGUGAGCCAUCAUCCUCGAGGCUAGUCUACAUUCUCCGACAGCUUCCUGGCCAGAUGACCUGAGUAGUCUGCAUUAUAUGCAGUAUCCUGUAAUACGAGGACAGGUGUCCGCUGUAACAAUAACCUUAAGUGUCAAUGUCUUAGAGGGGUGAUGUUUGUCCGAUAUCUCCUGUCGCUUAUUCGAUCAGAACUCCCCCCCCCCCCCCCCCCCCCCCAAUCUAAUUCCUCUCCGUCACAGAGACCACUGUCAGAAACUCCCACUUGGCACAAUCUGUUCUCUACCGUGGUGAGAGAAUUUCUCCUGUGAAAUGUGUCCCAGUUAAUGGCGGCUUAUUCUUAUUGCUGAACCGAGCAUGCGAGUCUAUUGGAGAGCGGAAGGUACAGCGGUGUAUGGGCACCUGAAAGGGGUUUGUCCUUCUGAGACGUUGCUGGCCUAUUGCUAGGAUAUGCCAUCAGGGGACCAUCUCCUAGCUACAGAACGGGGACCCCAAAGUGAAAGAGAGCACACCAUGCAUGCCUGAGUUCCAAAAACAGCCUAGUGAGCUUGUCUAUUUUUGAAAGCUCCAUAGCGAUGAACGAAGAGAGCGCACCGUGCAUGCAAGGACCACCUCUCCACCUCUAUGAGAUUGCUGGAAGAGACAGCUAUCUGCUGUUUUUGGUACUCCCAUUGCAGUGACUGGUCACAACUCAGAUCUGACAUUGAUGGCAUAUCCUAACGAUCAGUGUCUCAGAUAGGAAUACCCCAGGCAAGCAGUUCCAAUAAGGUAAGUACUGUGGGGUGUUCUUGCCUUUUCUAGCAGUAUAGACGGUGUGGAAUUUGCCUGCCUUGUGUCCCAGCUUCAGCCUCCAGGGUAACUUCUGAAGUACUGUAUACUUGUUCCUCUAGGUACAGGAGGUUAUGCAGUUUAAGGCUCAGCACAUAAACACAGACAUUGUUGUAUCCAGUUGUGAGAAGACAAGGUGUGUGUGGGGGGGUGUAGAGUUGUACGGGGGUCA